GCCUGUCCAUUCAUGUCUGGUCCGUUUCUAAAUUCUAAGGUGCUGUUCCAUCGCUCACAACUGUGAAUCAUCCAUCCGGCAAUCAUUCAGUCCAUCCGCCAACCCGAAACCGAAUCCGAAACCGAAUGGCGCCCAACCACCAACUCGACUUGGAGCGCAUUCGCCAGCAGAUCGUGUUGGCCAACAUCCAGGAGCUGCUAAAGAAGAUGACGCGGCGGUGCUUCAAUGCCUGCGUGGCAUUGCCAGGAUGCGAGCUGCGCUCCGCGGAACGCGACUGCCUGUCCACGUGCAUGGAUCGGUUCAUGGACUCGGUGAAGGUGGUGUCGUGCCAGUACUUCCGGCGCCGGAACCGCCAGCAGCAGCUCCGCUUGUCCACCUCCCCAUCCGCAUUCGUGUCUGCAACUGAGUCUGCAAGUGCAUCUUCAAAUGAAUCUGGAUUUGCAUCUGCAUCUGCAAAUGAAUCUGCAAAUGCACCCUCAACUGAAUCUGCAAAUGCAUCCUCAUCUGAAUCCCCAUCCUCAUCUGCAUCUGCAUCUUCAUCUAGUUCUUCAAAAGAAGAUGAGGGAACAUGAUGGUUGCUCCUCUUUCAAAAAUGGAUUAACCCACUGAUAAAAGUCUGCAGAUAACCCCGUUUGGUUUGGCCAACCGCAGAUCCUUUGACCUCUCGGUUUGAAUCCAUUGCCCACCUGGGAUUCGGAUAAGGUCAACCAAAAAGUUGUUGAACAAUUUUCACCCCUUUUUCCUUUGGGCAACUUCCCACAUUGGUGGAAAUGGAAAUGGAAAUGGAAAUAGAAAAGGGAAAGUGCGGCGGGCAGUAGAAAGUGGAUUUACUUCUGGCGGCUCCGCUCAUGAUGUCUUCGUGUUGGUCUUUAACAAAUCCUAGUAGAGUCAUUCGUAAAUGGAGAUUGACACUAAAUAAAGCUGUCCUUUCUACUUCCCA